AUGGCCUACAAUCCAAGCUCUGAACCGGCCCCGCAGCCGGACCCACAGCCGGCCCCGCAGCCGAGUCCGCUCCCUUGCGGGAAUGCCCAGUGUCACGUGAACCGGGACAAUCUCCAUAAGAUAUUCCCCGAUCUCCAAGUUCGACCCCGUCCGGGGCCCAAUCCCGCCGUGAAGGACGAUCAUGAUACUUGGUCGCAGGAAUACGAUCAGUGGGGUGCGCUCAAAUGUCCUUGCGGUCGGGGCUACUUCUGCCGUGAGCAUGGAAGUUGGAUCUCUGGCGAGGAGGUCGGCUCCGGAAUCGCAGCUGCUUCGGAUGAACAGAAGCAGGGCUCAUGCCCGGCUUAUCACUAUGGAGACUACAUCGGCGUUACAAGCUAUAUCGGCGAGCGAGAUGCAUUCGUCGUUCAGCCUGAUCUGGCCUGAGACUUCUGU